GUUGAGAUGAUCCUUUCUGUAGUGAUAUGCAUUUUAUGUUUCUUUUCAGCUACUGCUUCUCAAUCUGCUAUAGUCCCAGAAAAGGAAUCAGGUGGUAGAGUUCCACUGGAAGAUCAGCUUAAACUCGGGGAGCUUCAACUAACUCUCAACACACUAAAAAAAUAUUAUUACAAAGGAAGAAAUUGGCAGUCCUUAUGUCUUGCAUUAGGCCUAACAGAUGACACCAUUGGUGUUAUUGAGACAAAUCAUAUUAAGAAUGUUGAGAGGUGUCUUAGAGAGUGUUUGAGUAGCUGGUUGCGUAAGGAAGAUCUGGUGAAUGAAACUGGUGGGCCUAACUGGGAGACAUUACUGAAUGCUCUUAGGAGUAUAGGAGAAAAUGCUGCAGCCGAAGACAUUGAUAAAGAAAAGCAGCCAGCUUGCUUCAUAUUUAAUAAAUUUCACAAGAGGAUUUUUUCAUCUAUUCGUGGUUAUCCCGAAGCCAUAGCUACGCUACUGCAUAAAGAAGAAAUGAUUAGUGAUAAAGUACUUAAAAGGAUUGAGACUAAUAAAGGAAUGGGAACAGACAUUUUGCUUGAUGAAGUGCAUAAAAUUGUGUACAAAAAUUAUAAGAAUGUUAAAAAAUUUGCCGUUAUUCUUAAAAAGUUUACAACUACUGAAUUGGUUGGGAAGUCUAUUCUGUUGGAAUAUGGCAAAAAGUUUACUGAUGAAGAAACUGAAUCUGUGGACAUUGCUGGGGCCGUUAAAAUUAGAAUACCAAGGAAUUAUGAACCUAAAUUUAAAGAAUUGCGUUUUUUAUGGUGGACGACAAUAUUAGAUGUAGUCAAUUUAAUAAAAUUUCCAGCAUCUCAAGAAAAGCUAAUGGAUUAUUUUUUCAUAGAUUCCAAAUUUGUUGGAGAAAAGCCAGUGAAAGAAAGUGUAUUAAACAUUAUGAAGGACAAAUGCUCAUUAAUUGAUAUCACUACUCUAGAGGAAAUUAUCAGAUACUUAGAGAUUCAAGAAGCUAAACCAAUCAUUAAACGAUACAAGAAAAUGGUUGAAGAGUUUUGUAAAGAUGUCUCACUGCGAUUUGGUCUUAAUGAAACAAUUUACAAACAUCCAAUUCUCAAAGGAGAAAGAAUUACAAUAGAAGUCAAUAGAAAAGUUGACGAUAAUACAUUAAAUGACAUUGAGGAUCUUCUUCAAAUUGCAUUUGAAAAUUAUUUCUUCAGUGUGAAGCUAGUUACCAUACGAGAGAGUAAUUCCUUUAUCAUCAUUUGCUCCUUUCCUUUGAUUCUAACUGAUGUGCUUACUGCAACAGCUGUCAAAAAUAUUGAAGCACUUAAACAAAAAGGCAUACAGCAGUUGACUAUUGGAUAUGUCAAUGUGUAUAGUCAUGGCAAAGUGCAUGAUACUCAAGAAAGUAGAAAUGUGAGUGAUUUAAUUCGUAAGAGCCAGCUCCAAGUUAGCAUGGUACAAAUGGAAGCAAUUAGGCACUAUAUAGAAGAGAAAUCCGCCGAAAGGAAUCCAAUAGUAAUCAAGGACUCUGGCAUUACAUAUUAUUGGAUAUCAGCACUAAUUGUCAUCUGUGUUACAACAUUUGCAUUGCUGUAUCUAAUGGCUGACAAAAACUACAAGAGUAUAAUGGAGAAGUUAUCUUCUAAUACUGACAAAAUUGAGAGGCUUCAGUCUUCUACCUCGGAGACAAUGGAUCAACAACUUAAAACUCUUAGUGAAGAUACUGAAACGCGUUUGUUAAGUUUUAAAAAAGAAAUACUGCGAGAAAAUUCGAAAUCAUUUCUUGGAUUAGAAGAAUCAUUGGCUCAAUGCCAGGAAAAAAUAAAGGAAUUGCAUGAUGAAGUAACUGAACAUUUUCGCAAAGAAAGAUUGGCUCCUAUAAUGUAGUCUCCUGAACCACAACUAAGCAAUAAUAGCUUUCAUAAUAAUGAUAAUGGUAUUUAAUAGUUAUUAUCAAGAGUUGUUAUUAUUUUUUAU